GAUGUGCACGAAUCCGAGAAGGAUUUGGAAUCGAGGGAAGCAACUCUGAAAGUAAACGCUUAUGGAGGGAAAAUAUAUAUCUAACUUUAGCCUAACAAUGUGGACAUAGGAGACAGAAUUCCAAUCUAAACUAAUAAUCAAUUUGAUUAAAUGUAAUACCCACAACUUGUCUACUCUCACAUAUAUUAUAUUAAUUACAAAAAAAUACGGUAAGCUAGACGUUAAUUAUAGUGGGGGGAUGAUGUAAAGAAAAACAAUUAAUGGGUGCACCAAUAGAAGUUUUUCACAAUUAUCUAACUAUUAUGUAGCUUUAUCUUAGAAAAAUACGAAAGUACUAGAAAAAUGAGAAAAAUUGUGGGUGCAUGUACUAGUCUUCCCUUACUAGCUUCGCCACUAGGUAAAAAAGUCAUUGUAAAACCAUUUUAUUAAUUAUUUAAUAUAGUUAAUUUGAUUAUUUAUAUUAAUCAAUUUAAAUAUAUAUAUUAUUUCUAGAAUUUUUUUUAUAAUUCAUAAAAUAUUAAGAAUAAAUCAGUUUAGAAAUGAUCUAAAAAAUUUUAGUAAAAGUUUCAAAUAUUUUUAUAAAAUAAUGCAUUAAUUAAUUUCAUAAUUAAUAAAAUAAUAUUAUAAUAAAAUAAUGUUCAUUAAAAUUACAUUAUAAAACAAAAAUUAUAUUUAUUACAUUAUUUAAUAUCAUAUUCGAAUAUAUUUAUUUUAUGAUGAUUAUGAGUUAUUUUCAUAUUCUAAAAUUUUUACUAACCAUAGAAAUCAACAUAAAAUGUAAUUGCUAUGUAAUAUUUAGCCAUAUUAUCUAUAUCAUAUUUUUUUAGUAAAAGUGAUUAUAGAGAUAACAUAUGUUAAAUCAUUUUUCAAAUAAUGUUUAGAAUUAUGUAUCUCUGUUUUAUUAGCCAGGCUAAGCGUCUGGCUAUAUGGUUGGUCACUAGUAUAGCCGCUAACAAGUGGCUAGAACUUCAUCUAUUUUCUAACAAGUGCCUACCAGGUUUUAGAACACUAGUAGCUGCAUGGAUUAUUUCUGAUUCUUCAAAAUUAAAAUUUGACAGAGUAACAAAUUUCAAAAAGAAAAGGAAUUCCUGGGAAAACCUCACCUAUACAAUUGAAAGUUAACGAUAAACAACAACUGCAGUGAAAUAAGAAUGUCUUGGAAUCUAGCAAGAUAAGAGAGAUGAGGAAUGUGCAAGAACGUGCAAUAUAGGGAAGAAACUCGAAAAGUAAGCGCAUAUAUAUGGAGAAAAAAAAACAUAUAUCUAAUUUUAGCCUAACAAUGUGGAAAGUUUGUGACUUGAAGACGAAGUAAUAUUUCUCUGAACAUGGGAGACAGGAACUAAACAAUACUAAUCAAUCUUUCCCAAGUCAACUCUUUUUUAACUCACAACUUGUUAUCUCUGAUACAUUUUUUAUGCCCUCCAACUUCAUUCAUCAAGUUGCUGACAGCCUUAUAUUCUGAUUCUUUAAGAUUUAAAUUUGAUCGUUAACAAGUGUCACCUAUCAACGAUCCAUACACAAAGCAGCAUCAUGCGCCACCUUGAUCUGCGCAGGAGAUAUUCACACUCUAGUGUUAACGACCACCAUUACAAUCCGCCGGAAAAAAUUAUAAAUGGAGGAGGAAGAGCCAAAGAAAGGGGAUCCGAAUUCUUCCAUAGCUAAGCUAUAUUCUCUUGAUAUUCACACUCCACUGUUGACUGUUGUCAAGAACCCUUUGUACUCAUUGUUAAAUCAUCAAUAAAACAUCAAUUUUCCAUUGUUGAUUAGAGCUUAGUCUUUCUUUUUAUAUCUUACUUGUCGACCAAGUUUUCCCAAUCGUAAGCCCUGUUUCUGAGUGAAUUUUAGGAUUCAUCCAAUUUAAAAAAAAAAACAAUUUGGUUGCGGUUGCACAAUUAACACCUCUAUUCUUAUUCUUAAAAGCAUGAACCAUCCAGUGAUAGUUUCGUGUCCAUAUAGGGUUCCCACCCGCGGAAACUAGGAUUCCGAUGAUGGAUACAUGUAACUUAGUCAUGUAGUCUGUUUGAAAGAAAAACUCUAAACUCUAGUUGAAUCUUAUGUAAAAAAGUUUUUUUUUUGAUGAAUACAAAUUUAACAUUCAUUCGAAAAUAAAAAUAGACAGCCCAAAACCUUCAUUUUUGUUGUUGUUGUUGUUGUUGUUGUUGUUGUUGUAUAUAAGAGUCUCACUCUGUUUUGGAAAAAGACCAAAUCGUUCUCGAUUAGCCAACCAGAGAUCGAGUUUGCGCCUUCAUUUACACAUCAGAACGACCAGUGUUUCUCCUUUCCUCUCUUUUCUUAUGUCUCUAGAUUGAUGCAUGCAUGCAUGAUCUCGCGACUCUGUUUUUUUUCUUCUCCAGAUUGUUGAUUCCCUGAUUCUGGGUUUUAAUUUAAAGAUCAGGAAUUUCGAUGAUUGUUGUUUUCUCUGUCACAAAGAAAAUUGAAAAUAAAAGGAAAUAAAAUCGUAAACAUUUCCGUAUACGUUUAUAUAGUGGUUUGGCAUUCGGUUUUACCCGGUUUACAUUUUAUCUUUACCAAAUUCUAACUGAAUGGUUUAGUGUAAACCAACCAUAAAUGCCCUGUAUUUCCUCUGUAUCUCAGUCUCACUAUUGUGUACGAUAUAUAUGGACACGUUCACACGUUUCGAAUUUUGUCAUAACCGAAAAGCAUGUCCCUUUCUUUGCUGCUUCACAAGCAAACAGCGCAAAGCCUACAUUUUUUUUUUUUGGUAAAAAGCGUUCACAAUCUUACUCGUCUUAUUCUCGAUUCGCCUACUAAAUAUCGACACAGUGCUCCCAUUGACACAUCUGCACGACCAGAAGGUAUGGUGAAGGAAAAUGAGUAUUAUGACAUCUUAUGCGUCAAAGCUGAUGCUUCAGAUGCUGACAUUAAAAAGGCUUACUACCUAAAAGCAAGGAAAGUUCAUCCAGACAAAAACCCUGGAGAUCCUCAGGCUGCUAGGAACUUUCAGGUAUUAGGCGAGGCUUAUCAGGUUUUGAGCAAUCCGGAAAAACGAGCAGCUUAUGACAAAUAUGGCAAAGAAGGUGUCCAACAGGAUGCAAUGGUAGAUCCUGCAGCUGUAUUUGGUAUGCUUUUCGGAAGCGAAGUCUUUGAAGAAUAUGUUGGGCAGCUUGCACUUGCUUAUUUGGCAUCAAUCGAAGCUGACUUAGAAUCAUAUGAGCCUGAUAUCAGAAAACAAAUUCUUCAAGACAAGAUCAAAGCUCUGCAGAAGGAGAGGGAAGACAAGCUCGCUGCUACGUUGAAAAACAAACUCGAGCCGUUUGUGGAAGGACGAACUGAUGAAUUUAUCGAAUGGGCAAACGAAGAGGCAAAGCGUCUUUCUUCUGCCGGUUUUGGGGAGGCAAUGAUGCAUACAAUAGGCUACAUUUACACAAGAAAAGCGGCUAAAGAAAUGGGGAAAGACAAACGAUAUAUGAAAGUGCCCUUCUUAGCGGAAUGGGUGCGAGACAAAAGCCACCAUAUGAAAUCUCAAGUCAUGGCUGCUUCUGGUACUGUUUCGUUGCUUCAGUUGCAGGGUGAAGUGAACAAGUUGAAUGAACACCAAGGUGAUAACCGAGAGGAGCAUAUUCAGAAAGCCAUUGAAGCUAAAAUGGAUGCUUUGCUUCAGUCUCUUUGGCAGAUCAAUGUUCUCGACAUCGAAUCCACUCUGUCUCAUGUCUGCCAAUCUGUGCUUAAAGACCCAAGUGUUACGAAGGAUGUUCUUCGAGGUCGAGCCACGGGACUGAGGAAACUUGGGACGAUCUUCCAGGGUGAUAAGAAGCCAUACACCAGAGGAAGCAGCUUGCGUAAUGAAUCCGACGUGAAACAAGACACCGGAGGUUCUUCAAAGGCAAUGUCUUGAAACUAUGAUGAACUUCGCAAGAAAACAGUGAGAAACCGGAAUUGAAUUUUGCUGUUUCUUUUUAAUUUUUUUUUUUUUUUGCUAUCGGUUCAAGUUGAAUUCAUCCUUUUCUGUUACUUUAUCAGAUUUGUAGAGAUUGUUACCUGAGUUGGAGAUGAUACAUCGAAGAGUAUUAUUAGAAGAGGAAAUUCUGUUGAAAGUUUAUGUAUUUUUUUAAAAAAAGCAUGUAAUUUUAACCAUGGUGUGUUUCUCUCGCCUGAUUGCUACAACCUCUUUCUAUUCUUCAAAAUAUAUGGCAAACAUCUCAAUGGGUUUUAUUGAAGUCCUACCUCUUUCACAAGGUGUUAAUGUCAUAUUUGUUACUGUUGAUAUAUUGAGUAAAUAUAGACAUUUUGUGGGCUUAAAGCACCUAGUGCAACUAUGUAGCUUUGAAGUAUUUAAGGGAAGUGGUUAGGCUACAUGGUAAUUAUCUUACUUCUAUAGUAUUAAAUAGAGACAAGAUAUUUUUUCAGUUCUUUUUGGAAAGAAUUGUUUAAGCAGUUUGGUAUGAAGCUGAAAUAUAGCACUGCUUUUCAUCUUUAGUCAGAUGGGCAAACGGAGGUACUCAAUCAUUGUCUUGAGACUUACUUACGCUGUUUUGCUUCCCCUCAUCCAAAGUCUUGGGCGAAAUAUUUGUUGUGGGCAGACAUAUGGUACAAUACCAGUUAUCAUAUUUCAUUAAACACUAAGCCAUUUCAGGUGGUGCAUGGAAGGGCACCACUAAAUUUAUUGCAUUUUGAGUCGGGUUUAAUCUCUAAUUUCAUGGUUUGAGAAGAUGUUGAAAGAAAGAGAUGUGAUGUUGCAGACAAAUUAAAGAACAUUUGGUGUUGGCACAGAAUAGAAUGAAGAAUGAUGUAGAUAAAAACAGGCAAGAGUUGGAGUUUGGCAUUGGUGAUAAGGUGUUUUUGAAGCUUAGACCGUACUGAUAACAAUAAUUUUCAAAAUGAUUGUGCCAGAAGUUCGCUGCACGAUCUAUGGAUCGUAUGAAGUGUUGAAAGUGCCGAAGCAGUUGCCUAUAAGUUGUGAAUGCCUUUGGAGUCGGAGAUUCACCCGAUGUUUCAUGUUUAUUAGUUGAAACUGGGGUUGGAUAGGAAUCAUCAAGUUUCUGAGUUACCUAAAUCUUUUACGGAGAAGAUGUUAGAUACACGUUAUGAUAAAACUGGUCAUUUGGAGGUAUUGGUUAACCGGAAAAGUCUUCUUCCGCAUGAUAACUCUAGAGUUCGUACGGCUGAUUUGAUCCAAGAAUUUCCUUCUUUGAAGAUUCAGGGCAACUUCGCUUGCUGAAGGGAAUAGCAAUAUUGUGAGAGUUUGUUCACUACGCAUUGGCGAUGAUAAGAGAGUUUUUGAAAUUUGAAGGCUAGAUCUAUUUCAGAGUCUUUCUAGAAUCGAAUUAGAGUUGUAAUUCGUUGAUAAGUAAUAAAUAGUGGUUCUUUGCUUAUCAGAGACCACAAGACCAAACAUCCUACUUGGUUCAACUAAGAAAAACAUAUUAUUUAUCAAAUGGUAUUAUAAACACCCAUAAAUCUCAGGUAGCAGAAGAGGAGACCGGACAUGGUUGCAAAGAGGGCCAUUUAUGCCAAGACUUUCCCAUUUUUAUGUCCUUCACGAAUACAAUCUA